GCUCAAAAACGAAUACAAUUAGGUAAACACAAGAAAGCAUGGCUGUUCACAAAGUUGGUUUCCUUUCUCUUCUCCUUUUAUUUGGAACUUUUCUACUUUUAAGUGAGGUAGAUUAUGCAGAUGCCAAGGCUUGUACCCGAAAUUGUAAUCCAAGAAUUCGCUAUGGGAGAUGUCCAAAAUCAGGAAAUAAGAAGUUUAACGUAGGAUGCACCAACUGUUGUGCAGGAUCCCUAGGUUGCAACUAUUACAGUGCUAAUGGAACUUUUGUAUGUGAAGGAGAGUCUGAGACUAAAGUCGAAACUAUAGAGACUGAUGUCGAAACUAUAGAGACUGAAGUCGAAACUAUGGUCGAAUCAAAUAAGGUUUGUCCCCGUAAUUGUGAUCCGAAAAUUCGUUACGGGAGAUGUCCAAAAUCAGGAAAUAAGAAAUUUAAUGUAGGAUGUACCAACUGUUGCGCAGCCAAAAAGGGUUGCAACUAUUUCAGUGCCAAUGGAACUUUUGUAUGUGAAGGAGAGACUGAGACUAAGGUCGAAACUAUAGAGACUGAAGUCGAAACUAUGGUCGAAUUAAAUAAGGUUUGUCCCUUCAAUUGUGAUGGGAGGAUUUCUUAUUCGGUAUGCGGAAAUAAAAAGAGUAGUGGUAGAAUAUGCACCAAUUGUUGCGCAGCCAGAAAGGGUUGCAACUAUUUCAGUGCCGAUGGAACUUUUGUUUGUAAAGGAGAGUCUGUAGUCGAAAGUAUGAUAGAAGCUGUUAAGCCUUGUCGACGUAAUUGUGAUGGGAGAAUUUCCUAUUCGGUAUGCGGAAAUAAAAAGAGUAGCGGUCGAAUAUGCACCAAUUGUUGCGCAGGCAAAAAAGGUUGCAACUAUUUCAGUGCCGAUGGAACUUUUGUAUGUGAAGGAGAGUCUGGAGUCGAGAGUAUAUGAUAGAAGGUUGUAAACUCUAUGGUUUUGAUGGAUCUUUACUUUGUACCGGUGGGGAUCAGCUAGAAACCUAUUAAUCCUCAUAAGGAUAGCUGUAUUUUCUUUUUCCAGUUUGUACUCUCUAAAUAAAUGCAUGAGGGUAUGCCCUAAGGUGUAUUGUGUGAUGUGGCAGUGGAUUUUUCCAAUUUCCACUGUCUGUACUAGGUUAAUUUUCAAGAGCCUAAUGAAUGGAGUACUCUUUUAUUUUA